AUGACGAGACCUAUUGACCGCGAGACAGCGGCGGUGCUCGAACCAUUUCUUCAGGCGCUGAGGUCAGACAAGACGCUCACCAUCCCCAAAGCGACUCUCCUCGGUGCCCUUACCCACUUUCUUUCGCUCCUCGACGGCGAUAACCUCGAGGCGUACGUUCAGGAUCUCUUGAGUUCGCCGUCUCUUUGGGAUGCGGUGACAACUCACGACAUUGAGAACGCUGUUCGCUCGGCUCCUGCCUCGAAAGUCGCAAUUCUCAAACCGAAAAUCAAAGACACGUUCUUUAAACGCAACCGAGUGGCCAAGGCCUCACAGGAGUGGCUGGGCGAUCUCGUCAAGGACCUGCAUAAGUCCGGCAACACCGAGCGUACUCUGCCUAUCCUCGUCGGCAUUCUCAACGGUAUCUCAGAUGUGAAGGACAUCGACUGGGGCAAGCCGAGACUAGAGCUGGAGGAUACGCUGGUCAUUACGCUGGCGGAGCGAUUGGAGAAGGAGAAGGGCGAUGUUGAUGUGCUGCGGCUCUUCAGCUCGGUUGCGGAAGACAUUCAACCGGAGCGGCUGAGAGUGCUUGACCUGAGGGACGCCCUGUUUAGGUCGCUCGAGCCGGGCUCGACCGCCGACGCACAGGACAAGUUGGCCGAUGCGGAAGACUUUUCGAUCGGCCUGUCGUCCGCCAUCGAGGCGCUGGCCAAGGGUGGCUCGAGGAGUCAGGAGUACGCGUGGAGUCAGGUCGAGGCGUUUACGAGGCGAAUGUUCCUCUCGUCGGAGCUCUUCGAUCAGGAAUGGUCUGGUCUUUCAAAGCCGGUUAUCGGAGGACCAGUCGAGUGGCCGGUCGUCGAGCGGCUGAUCGCUAUCUCCGAGCGUAGGGUCGGGACGGAGCAGACGGUGGACCUCGUUACUCUUAUCAUUCGCACUCUCAGCAAGUUCACUCCCGUUACUGAAGAGGACCAGGAGCCCGUUGACAACUACGAGAAGACAUUGUACGGCGCCUUCGACAUCCUUGCGGGGGAGGGAGGCGGCCGCGCUGUGCGCGCUCUCUUCGACCACCUCGAGAAGAAGGAACACAUUUCUGACUCCUACGCCGCCUUCGUUCUGACUGUUGGCGAGCAACUGGUCAGGAUGGUCGACUCUCGGACUAUCCGCGACUUCCUCCUGCCGUUGGCUGACAAGUAUGUCGUUCGGCCGCAGCACAAGUCGAGCUUCCAGUCUGCGUUCGCCUUUUUACUUGCGCUCGUUGACGCUGCCUCCUCGCAUCUAGAGUUCGACCCGAGUCAGGGUGGCUUCGUGGAGGCGAUGGUUUACUUUGUGGCGCACGCUCUUUUGCGCGAGAGCAAGGACGGCAGUGUGACGACAGAGCAGCUGCGGCAAGCUUAUCCCCAGCUUGUCAAGUGCGCAAGCCGGCGCAGCCCCGAGCUGGUGCACCAGUGCAUCACGCUUCUGAACAAGACCGACUUCACAACCCCAGAGUACCAGAAGGCCGUGGACGCGAUCCGUGUUGGGCUCAUCCCCGCUGUCCCCGCGCCGGCGAUGGGGGAGUACCUCGACAAGAUUGCGAACCUAAUCCUGUCAACGCCGAAGGGAUCAGAGGAGCGCCUGGAGCUCUCGUCCCUUGCCUUCAAAGCUGUCAUUCAGGAGAUGCCCGAUGAGACGAAGCAGCAGGGCAUCGACUGGUGGCUCAAGCACCGCCGCGUGUUCGACGGUAAGGAUGAGCCCUCCGCUAGACUUUAA